UUGUUCCUUCCCCCAAUAUUUUGCUUAUAAAAGCCCCCAACACAACUCAAACCCCGCAGAAAAACCCAACUUUCAUCAAUGGCAAACAACCAGCGGAGCAAUGGGCAAAAGCAAGCGGAGGAGGUGGUGGUGGUGAUGGUGCCCUUUCCGGCGCAGGGGCAUCUGAACCAGCUCCUCCACCUCUCCCGUCUAAUAUUGUCCUACAAUAUCCCCGUCCACUUCGCCAGCUCCGCCAUCCACAACCGCCAAGCCAUGCUCCGCCUCCACGGCUGGGACCCAAAUUCAGUUUCCAACAUCCAUUUCCACGACUUCCUCAUCCCACCUUUCCUCUCCCCUCCUCCCAACCCCAACGCCCCAAACAAAUUCCCCUCACAUCUGCAGCCAUUGUUCGACGCUUCCCUUCAUCUCCGCCACCCCAUGUGCGCGCUUCUACGUGAGCUUUCGUCCAAAUCGCGGAGAGUCAUCGUCAUCAACGACUCCAUGAUGGCGUAUGUGGUGCAGGACGUGGGGUCCAUCCCAAACGCCGAGUCGUACACUUUCCACAGCGUGUCGGUUUUCGCUCUUUUCUUGUAUUUGUGGGAAGCAAUGGGGAAAUCGCCUUUGAAUAACAGCAUCCCGAAAGAUCUUCCAUCUUUUGAAAGUUGCUUCUCCAACGAGUUCUUGGACUUCAUUGCUUUGAACUGUGGCUUCCAGAAGUUGAGCUCUGGGAGCCUCUACAACACGUGCAGGAUCAUCGAAGGUCCCUAUCUGGAUUUGAUGGAAAAGAUUGAAGGAGGCAAGAAGCAUUGGGCUAUUGGGCCAUUCAAUCCUGUGAGAAUACCAGAAAAGAAAUGUUCAAAUGGACGACACAAGUGCUUGGAGUGGUUGCAUAAACAGACCCCAAAUUCGGUAAUAUAUGUGUCUUUUGGGACGACAACCACCAUGGAAGAAGAGCAAAUAAAGGAGCUAGCAAUUGGGUUGGAAAAAAGCGAGCAAAAAUUCAUCUGGGUGUUGAGGGAUGCUGACAAAGGAGAUGUAUUCAAUGGAGAAGUGAGAAAAGCAGAGCUUCCCAAAGGGUUUGAAGAGAGAGUUAAAAGCAGGGGAAUGGUGGUGAGAGACUGGGCUCCUCAGCUGGAAAUUCUAAGCCACCCAUCAACCGGAGCUUUUAUGAGUCAUUGCGGAUGGAAUUCCUGCAUGGAGAGCAUCACCAUGGGAGUUCCGAUUGCCGCUUGGCCGAUGGCGUCCGACCAGCCGAGGAACACGGUGCUGAUAGCACAGCUGCUUAAAGUUGGUAUUGUCGUGAAGAAGUGGUCGCACAUGGAUCAGAUAGUGACGUCAAGCUCUGUAGAUAACGCUUUGAAAAUGUUGAUGGCAUCGAAAGAAGGGGAUGUGAUUAGGAAGAGGGCGGCGGAGUUGGGCGGUGCUGUCAGGCGCUCAUUGGACAGGGGUGGAGUUUCAUGCGUGGAGUUGGAUUCUUUCAUUGCUCACAUCACUAGGUAGAGGGGGAUCCUAAGAAAUUAAUAAUUAAUGUAUAUCUGAUGUAUGAUUAAGGGUAGCAUAUUUUAAUAUUAUAAAUUACUACUUAUUAUAGGAAAUUAAUGAUUUAAUUAAUAUU